AUGUCUCUGUUCGAAAAAGGGUGUGACGAUAACCGUUGUUCCCUGAAGGAAUACUAUCUAAGUGUGUUUGUCACAAUAUGGCCGCGUCUCUGUUCUUCACGCAUCACAAGGUCAUCAGUAGUAAAUGGAUUGGAUGAGAUUUGUGGUCGAACCCUCAGGAACCGCAGUAUUGCCCAGCCAGAGGAGACGUCAGUGCCUCCACUACCUAGGGCCCGUUCACCCAAGAAGAAGCAGGAUACCGAGCGGGAGAGCCAAGCAGGACGCCGAGCGACAGUCCAACAGGAGGCUGAGCGGCAGUCCAAGCAGGACGUGGAGCAGGAAAACAAGGAGCAUCUCUCAUUUCAGGAAAAUGUUGAAUCUAAUGUAUCUGCCACUAAGGCAGUACAAUGGACUAGUUCUAGGAAGCGGGACUUGUCCUGUUUGGAAAAGGACAGUCAUGAGAAAUCUGAGAACUGUGAGCAAGGGAAGGGGAUCCAGGAAGCCUCCCCUCAAAUCAAAAGGGUCAAACGUUGCUCACGUAUUGGAGAGUCUAAGGGACAUGAGGAUUAUCCUGAGCAUUUGAAACCUGACAGUCCCAUCUCUGUAAACACUCGUUAGGAGUUACCUGGCCAAAACUCUGCUAGCACAACUCCUGCUUCACUUGACCUCAGUAAAGUGAAAGGUGAACUGACAGGGGGCAAUGCAGAGGAUGGUCAUUUGGAAUGUGAUGAGGCAGCUGAGCCCUCGCAUGCUCAUGAGGCUUCUAUGGACUUGGAGAAACUGACAGAGAAAACUGACACACUCAGUGAAGAGCCUAGUGCAUAUCCCACCUCUGCCCCCAACUGGCUCGUGCUAAAUGGUAGCCGCGGCGCCUCCUCAUCCCUUCACCCCAUUGUGCCUUGUAGAAACUCUGUCCCUGAGCAGAUGGAGGUCUCUGGCUCAGGGGAAUUGCCAGUCUCGCCUGAAGUGAUUUUUGAGCCUAUUCCACAGGAUUCUGCUCCUGAGUUGAUCAUGGCGAAGGAGCAGGAUGUAGAGGAGGUGGAAGUUGAUAUAGUGGGUGACCCAUUGUGUCUGGCUCAUGAGGAGCAGGUGACGGAGUGUGAAAGUGAUACCAAUGGACAACCACUAAGAUCAGUGCAGGAAGCCUCUGCUUCCACCUCCUCUAUUAGCACCAGUUUGAACUGUAGUCCAAUCAACAACAGCAACUCAGGAGAAGCUACUCCCCCUCUAGAACCAACUCCCUCCCCUUCACAGCCAGGGUGCAUUCUCAUAUCCAGCAUGCCACCUUGUUUUACAGAGCUCUAUGAACACAGAUACACUCUGCGGACUUCACCCAGGAGGGUUGCUACUAGUGACAAGCCCUCCUGUAAGCUUGAAUCUCCUCCAAGAGACAAUGGCCCUCUAACAGAGGAUGGAGAGAUGGUGGUUGGACUGGAGGAGGAGUGCCCUAUGGUGGAAGAAUGUGCUCCCUUAGACUGUGCGGGCUCUUCUACUGAAGCGCCUGUUUCUGUGAGCCCUGAAGACAGGGCAGAUGAUGGGUGUGUCUGAGAAGAACAAGAGGCCGCAAGCAGCAAGGAGCUGACAGAGGGCCAGGCUGCGGAGGACAUGGAGGAGGAAGAGGAAGAAGAGGAGGAACCAGAUGUAUUUUUCUUUGAGUCUGAUCACCUGGCUCUUAAACACAACAAAGAUUAUCAGAGACUGCUGCAGACGGUCAGUGUUCUUGAGGCUCAGCGAAUGCAGGCCAUCAUGGCCCUGGAGACUUUAGCAUGUCAUCAGAAGGAGGCACUUGCUGAUCCCAUCAACUUUGUGGAGCAGCUGCAGAAACAGGUAAAAAAUUGCAGUGAUCUGGGUUUGCCCUGCCCCCAGAGAGUCAUCCAGCUUCCUGAAAUUGCGUGGGAGCACUACACCUCGGGUCUUGGUGACUUUGAGAGAGAGUUCUGUGACAAGAAACGCAAAACCAGGCAAUUAAAGCUGAUAUUUGACAAGGGUUUGCCUAAUAGACCAAAAAGUCCAGUGGAGCCCAAAAAAGAAGGCGAGUCCUCCACUAUGUACUCUUCCCUGCCUUCUAGUGACGCACCAGAAAAUAGCAGGCAAACUCAGAUGAUCAGGGGGAGGAUUUGUCACCCAGACAAGCCUGACACAUUCAACCAGCUGUGGACUGUGGAGGAGCAGAGAAAGUUGGAGCAACUUCUUGUUAAGUUUCCUCCUGAAGAAGUUGAGUCGAGGAGAUGGCAGAAAAUUGCUGAUGAGCUGGGCAAUCGAACUGCUAAACAGGUAGCCAGUAGGGUUCAAAAGUACUUCAUCAAACUGACAAAAGCUGGUAUUCCAGUGCCUGGAAGAACACCCAACUUGUGCAUGUACACUAAAAAGGCAUCCAGUAAGAGGCAGCACCACCUCAACAAGCACCUCUACCGACCCUCCACUUUCCUAACCUCCUAUGAGCCACCAGUCUUCAUGGAUGAAGAUGAUGAGCGCUCUGCAUAUUACAGGAGCAUGCACGACCCUUCCGCAGAUGACUCCGAGGAGGAAGGUGUACCUGUGGAGUAAAAUUUGCCAGAGUACCAAGAGCUUUUGGAGCUGAAGCAGCUAAAGAAACAGAAGCUUCAGGAGAUCCAGGAGGAGAAAGGCAGAGUGCAGCACGUAGGCUACAAGUGUGACGUCUGUGGCAUGGAGCCGAUCCUGGGAGUGAGGUGGCACUGUCAGGAUUGUCCCCAGAACAACUCUGUCGAUUUCUGUUCCAACUGCUUUGACUGUGUUUUCAAGACAGAAACACACAAGUCCAGCCACCAUUUGGAACCAGUGUACCGGCCAGAAACCUUUCUGGACAGAGACUACUGCCUGCCACAGAGCACGGGCUACAACUACUUGGAUCCUAAUUACUUCCCAGCCAACAGAUGACAGGAUCCUAGGUUCUUCUAGCUCCAGGCUCUCUCCACGUUUCCCACACAGGCCACUCUGUGCAUGGCUCCACCCCCAAGUCCACGAUAAACGCUUUACCCGCCACAAGGCAGGAAGGCCAGCUGGCAGGUGGACAGCCAGGGGGCCUCAGAGCAGACCACAUUGCUGCUGGUGGGUGGGACUGGUAACUGGCCUUUCUGACUCAAGUAAGGCCAGCUGUGCUGGUUCCAAAGAACAGGGGCCCUCGCGCCACCUAAGACAGGUUAAUUAAUAGAUCUGUUAUUUGAAGUGAAACUCUAAUUAAAAAAAAAAAAAAACAGAAGGCACACCAACAUUCCCAAGCUCUCUGACUCCAGGAGGGCUGUCUCAUUUCCUUUCUUCCCGCCACCAUUCGGUAUCUCCCUGUGCUGCUUUGGAACUGGAGAAUUGAGCAUCAGUCUGGUGAAGCGCCACCUAAUGGAGAUGUGUGAUUGUCCAGUGCGUCAUAGUGGACAGUGAUGUCAUCAACUGUGAUACACAUAGAUGGUGUGUGUAUGUGUGAGUGGCCUCCAUGUUCUACCAGAGUGAAAAAAGUGCUAGCUAGGUAUCUGUAGAUUGAAUAUUUAUGAGUCACACUUUCUCAAAGGGAUUUGUGGCUUUUGAGAAAAAUCAUCCAGUGUUUUUUUUGGGGGUGGGGGGUGGACUUGAUACCAAGGUUGAGGUAUUCAGCUGCAGACUGGGUUCAGCAGAUCUGUGUGUGUUAGAUGUCAUACAGCCUUCACUUUUCAAAAACCUUUCAGUCACAGACAAUUUUUUUCAUCUGAUUCUCCUCUUUUCACAGAACGUGUCUAGUAAAGAAGCACUACAGCAUGAAGAGUAAUCAUGAACAAAAACAAAACAAAAAAACCCCCAAAACACAGGACUGUUUUUGUUUUCUCACCACCCCCAAUGUGUGCUGUUGUUGUUGAUGUUGAGUGUACAAGUAUAUGGUGAAAAUAACCAGCGCUAGUUGCUGUGUGCCAUUUAAAUUUUUUUUGUUCCAUCUCUGUUGUUGAUCCAGUCUUCAUGCCUCAAGUCUAGAUCUUUAAUUUUGCGGUUCAAUUUAAAUCUCUGUUUAAAAGAUUGUAUUUUUAUUAAUCUAUUUAAAAAAAAAAAAUCUGAGGUAAUUGUUGGUGCCUCCACAGUGGAAUGACACACAUAAUUUUAUAUAUAUAUAUGCGUAGGUUUUGUUGUGCUCAACACCAUUUUGUACGUUAUUUUUUUCGUCUCCUUUCCUCACCCCUUUUUCCCUGCUUCAGUAUCUGUAUAACAGUCUGUUCUUAUGUAUAAAAAAAGUAAUGUAAAAAAAAAAAAAAAAAGAUUUCUAGAGGAGAACUGUGGAAAUAAAAUUGUGGAAAUAG